AUGGAGGUCAUAACAGCAUCAACAACACACCUCCUGUCAACACUCAACAAGUUGACAGACCACUCCUUCUUUCAAACGCUCCCUCAAUCACUGCCCGUUUCUCCCUGCGUCAUAACCUCCCCCACUCAGAUCGCCCUCCCCGACUCCUUCUACUUCUCCCUCUUCUUCAUUUUUGGCGGUGGCCUCUACAUCCUCCUCCUCUUCCCUUUUACCCUUCGCCAAAAACAAUGGCUUGCCGCCCCUCUCAUCGCCGGUCUCUUUGCCCUCCCUCUCAUCUUCACAUCCACAAACUCGCCCGUCCUCCAAUUGGCUCACCUCGGUGCCUGCGGUUGCGUCCUCAUGCGCCAGAUCGAUCUCUACUAUGUCCGCCCUUGGAGAACUGGCAAGGAGCCUACUAUGAACCUCGAGGACUGGUGGACAGAGGUUUGGCAGCCCUUCCGCAAGGUCCCCAUGAGCAAGGAGCAGAUCCAGCGAUUCGAGCUCGAGCUCCAGCAGACCAGACUUCGUCGUGAAAUCGAGCGUCAGGAACGGGAAGCACUCUACAACAGCAGCCAUAGCAGCUGCAGCACUAGCAAGGAGAACAAGGACAAGGAGACUCAGACUGUUGCUGGCUCUUCUGAUGAGGCAUCCAAGCCCAUGAAGGGAAAGCCCGUCAAGCAGAUCUACACCCCCCGUGUCGACCCCAACCCCCAGCAUUGGAGCGCCUACCUCCCUCGCUGGUUCUUCUACGCCACCCUCAUGGAUGUCAUCCCUUUUGUCAUGAGCUUCAUCACCUUUGAGGCUAUCCAAAACUUCAACAUUGUCCAGACCCUCCUCCUCCGCAUUGGUGUCGCCGCCAUGGUCAUCUUUGACAUCUCCCUCCUUAACUACACCAUUAUGAUCCUCUGCGCUGCCAUCACCGGUGAUCUCGUCCACGACACCGAAUGGACCUUAGUCAGUCACUACUUCCCUGGUUUUGCCACCUCCCCCGCCGAGUUCUGGCGCCAGUGGCACCACCUCUUCCAGUACAUCUGGGUCGACCUUGGCUUCCACCCCGUCAAGCACAUCCUUCACAAGUACGUCAGCAGCAAGACCAAGAACCGUCAGCUGGCCAAUGGACUCGAGUUGGUCCUGCCUGUGAUGGGUGUCUUCUUGAUGUCAGGCUUGAUGCACGAGUAUAUGAUGGUUGGAAUGUGGCACAUCCGCCCCGGCCACAUGACCCUCUUCUUCCUCAUCCAGGGCGCCGGUACCAUUCUCUCCAAGGUCCUUCUUAACACUGUUGGCAAGAAGGUCCACGUGCCUCCAGUCAUUCUUAUUACUUUGACCUGGGUUUUCAACUUGACGACUGCUGCUCUCUUUAUGGAGCCUGUCCUCAAGAACCAUGGUUACAACAUGGUUGCCAGCCAAAGUCUUUUGCUUCAUUCUUACAACCUCUUACGAUCCAACGGCAUCUUCUAA